AUGCCCACCGCCUACACCAUCGUAUUUGCUAAUGAGCAUGGCUCAGACGGCCAGUAUGUAUUCUGCAUGGAGAAGCCCAUUAUCAACAAUGAUCCAACAGCCGGGAAUGUGAUCGCCAACGCUUCGAUUGGACAGUACGUCUCAAACGGCAGUGACUUUACUCUCACCACGCAAAUCCAAUUUAAUGCUUGGUGCGGUAAACUUCCCAGCCAGCCAGCCGACGGCACUGCAUCCCCGCGAGGGCAUAGUGAGGCCGUUGAGCUCGGCACAAAUAAGAAUGACGGCGAUGCACUUAAAAUGGUUCUGGAAGAUGGGUCAGUAACUUUUGACAAGACCAAGGCCAAGACGGCCCCGACCGGCUGCUUCACAGUUGUUCAGCCCUCUGGCUUCAAUGCCAAUGACAAUUUCGCCUUCGGUCUUGCUCAGAAGGACAACACUGGUGGCGAAACCCCCAAGUCAACAAACAUGACCACCAACGUCCAACCCAUCGUCAAAUUCUUUGUUUUAAAGGUCAAGCAGGGGUCAAGUGAUGGGGUCAAUUACCAGUCCUUCUCCACAAAACCCGGAGUGGUUGACUUCACAACUGGUGAUGGCCAGGGCCUUUACACGGCACGUGUCGUUCACGAAAAGAAUGGUGAAUUCACUGUCACCUACAAGCGUCUGGAAGCUAUGAGUAGGGAGCUUCAAGAGCUCCGUAAUCAGAGAGACGAGGACCAUCCAUCUUCAAGGACGGAUUCAACUGCCGAUUCCGGUCCUUCCACGAUUGAGGAUGACGGGCAGGAUGAUUUCUCACUGAGUGUACCCGCAGUGAGCCUGAAUGGCGUGCUGGUGGAUUCUUCAAUAGCCACCGAGGCAAUCAAGACGUUUGCCGAAGUGUUUCGUCCACAGCUUCCGGUCAUUGGAUCACUGUCGGCCGACGACACGUAUCAUUCUCAACCAUUUCUCUUCUGGACGAUAGUCAUUAUUAUUGCGUGCCACUUGCCUGGGCAACAAUACGCCGAUAUGCUCCAGUUACUCCAGACGCCGUAUACCACCAUGCUUCACCAACAAAUUCUUGAUGCUCCUCUACCUCUUCACAAGAUACAGGCUUUGUUAUUAUUGUGUCAUUGGCCGUUACCGUGCGAAACGCAGACAAGAGAUCCCAGCUGGCUUUACUGCGGCGUUCUCAUCCAGGCAGCUCGGUUCAUGAGUCUCGAUCGUCAGCAAACGGUCCCGUCUCUUCGAAGUCUUGGUGUUGCUUCAGGCAGCAUUAGAGCUAGGAUCAAUACCUGGUUGGGUUGCUUCUGCGUAUCUACAUCGUUGAGCUUGCACUUGGGAUUACCUCCCCCAAUUGAUUCCGACCUCGACUUCGGUAGCAUCCAUUCGUUUCUCAGAAGACAAACGGCACCACCUACCUUUGCCAUGCAAGUUCGCGUCCAGCUCAUCGUGGCAAAGUUUACAUCCCUGCUGAACCACGACAUGGGUGAAGGUGCAAGCUCCUCCUUUAUCAGACUUCUUGAUACUGAGCUCGAUGCGCUGAGAGCCGAAGUAUCUCUUGAAGAUGAACAAAUGAGGGCUGUCGAGCUCGGCAUUCUGGGCGCCAAGAUGCACCUCUACGCCUUGGUCAUCACCAAAGAUUCAAACAACUCGUCGUCGCGGCAAAUCAUGCUGAGAACUGCCCGCGACGUCGCGCUAAGGAUCAUUCACAUAUCAACUUUGGCCAUGCGUAAUGCCCCGCCUGAUGGGAAUGAUCAAGAACUCAUUCGAAAACAACGGUGUCUGCCAAAGAAUCAUUACAGGUGUCUCGCCUUUGCCACGAUAUUUCUCUUGAAGUUCUUUCAUCGUCGCGGAUCCGAUGUCCCAGAAGAGAGGCAAGCUGUUGCAAACCACAUCUCAAUGGCUCAGAAUCUCUUCAAGGCUUGCGCAACCGAGCCGCUGGACGAAUACAACCGAACGGCAAGGGUAUUUGAGGUCCUUGGGCGGGAAAGCCCAAAAUCAAUUGAACCAGACGCACUACGUCUUACUCACAGAAUGGGCGUGUCAAUAGUCUUUGACGCCGUGAGCAACGCCUCUGAGGCUCGUGGCAAACCCGUGGAAAUCCGUGAGGACGAGACAAUCCAGGAUGAAGGAGUGUCCACAGGAUCCAGGGUCCAUGAACGGCUGUUGAACCAACCGGCGGUUGAGCUGGAUCAACCCGACACAAGCUCGGAGUUUCUCAGAGGCUUUUGGAGUGAUCCAUAUAUGAGCUUGCUGUCCUUUGACCCAACGCCACUCGAGCCAGAGUAUCAAGAGUCUUGGCCAUCAUUCUGA